AUGUUAUAUGUACUUUUCAAUCCACACACAUUACUACUAUAUAUUGUUUGUGCUCUUUGUGGAUUUAAUAUGUGGCUAUUUUAUUAUCUGCAAGAAAUUAAAAGAAAAAAAAAACCUCUAACGAGGGACAAAAUCAACUGCGGAAAAAAAAAAUAUUCUUCCCAACAACAAAUCAACCAUUACAUUCUUAAUCCAUAUGGAAUGCCGUCACCUUCAUCAUCAUUACUAAUAACCCCACAAUUGCCAUCAUCUACAAUUGAAACUAUAACAAAUGCAAUUAAACUUUAUGGGAACAAUCUACCUACCGGAAAACUAAUAGUCUUCACCUACAUCUCAUCCUUGAAACCACCAACAACAACAUCGCCAUCUCUUUCUGAUUCAGCAAUUUCUAUUUCAUCUGAAGAUUUGCAAAUUAUCGGGUCAUGUGAAUUGUCCACCUGUCAACCACUUUCUAUGGAAUUUUGCAACGCCUUGAAAUUGAGUAUUUUAGCGGCUCUCGACGAAACCCAAUUGGGUGAUAAUACUACGAAUAAAGUCGUUUAUUUUAAAGAUAACGAAAACCAACAGAUGAUUGGUCAUUUCUUGAAUCAAUUUUUGAUUGUCUAUACUUAA